AUGCCUAGUAGCCUCCGCAUGCACUUCAUCUCGAAGGCCUGGAUUUUCCGCUCUGUCACUGCCAGCGGGGAAGGAUUCAGCCACUUGUACGAUCGCCGAAUCGAACGAGACGCCAGAAUGUAUCGAAACGCUGCUGCGAUGUGUGAGCCAACCUGUACUUGGAGCGGACAGUUGCCCAUGCGCCAACACAAGUGUCCCAUCUACUCACCUAAGGUCUUCUUAGGAGGCGUCCCCUGGGAUAUCACUGAAGUUGGACUCCAGGCUGCCUUUAAACCAUUUGGACCAAUCAAUGUGGAGUGGCCGGGAAAGGACAACAAACACCCGCGCUACCCGCCAAAAGGUUACGUGUACGUGCUGUUCGAGUCGGACAAGGCGGUGAAGUCGCUGCUCCAGGCCUGCACGCACGAAUUCAGCCACGGUGGGGAGUUCUUCUACAAGAUCUCCUCCAGACGCCUGCGCUGCAAGAAGGUAGAGAUUAUACCGUGGGUCACUUCUGACAGCAACUACGUGCGCUGUCCGUCUCAGCGCCUGGAUCCUGGUAAGACCGUGUUCGUGGGGGCGCUGCACGGGAGGCUGAACGCAGAGAGGCUCGCCAACAUCAUGAACGACUUGUUCGGCGGAGUGGUGUACGCUGGGAUUGAUACUGAUAAACACAAGUACCCUAUUGGGUCAGGCCGAGUGACCUUUGGGAACCACAAGAGCUACAUGAAGGCCGUCCAGGCAGCUUUCAUUGAGAUUAAAACUCCAAAGUUCACCAAAAAGGUUCAGGUGGACCCGUACCUGGAGGACUCCCUGUGCAACACCUGCAACUCGCAGCCAGGUCCGUUCUUCUGCCGCGAGAUGUCCUGUUUCCGGUACUACUGCCCCUCCUGCUGGCAGUGGCACCACUCUCUGGACACCCUGCGCCACCACCAGCCGCUCUUGCGCAACAAAAAGUCCUGCAGCGGCAUCUCACUGGCCACAAACCACUUCUGGACAGCCCCAGAUCAAGACUUCACUCGUUCCCGGGACACACUGGCUGCUGCCUGGCCUUCUCUGCGACACGGAGACUACUACUGGAAGGUUCUCUCCGCGGAUUCCAUCGAGUGCUGGUCGUACCACCGACACGGGAACGAGAUCAACUACCACUCCUUCCGCUGUGACGAACCAGAGACGCUGAGAUGCGGUCAAACAAAGGCACCUGUCUAG